CUGAUGAAAGGCUUGGGAAGCUUAUAAUUAUAGAACCACUACCAACCAAGAAAUAUAAAGACCAAAAACAGAGCGACCAGAUCCAGGGGACCAGGGGUGCCGCCCAUUGCUUCUAAUUUCCCAGUUCUAGCUAAGAGGCAGGAAACAUUUCUGAUCAAUUGACCCUCGCUCCCACCCUCCCAUUGUUCUCUGACUCUCUCAAGAAAGAUACAGAACGGCGACCGAAAAGCACUCUGCAAUGAAACAAUUCACGUUUUUUCCCAUAGCAUUGUUGUUUGUAAUAUGGGUUGCGGAACCAGGUAGAUGCUCCGUCCGGCAGCAGAAGUUCUCGGAGUUCGUCAGAGGACUCAAGGAGAAAGCGGACCCCGACUUGGAAGCCCCGCCGGCGGCCAGUCUCAAUGCCUCAAUCGCCAAGGACAGGGUGUUCUACCCUAGGGCCUAUGGGGCGGACCCAAGCGGCGGCGAGGAUAGCAGCGAUGCGAUACUGAAGGCAUUGGAAGAUGCAUUCAGCGUGCAGAAUGGGUUAGAGCUGUUGCAUGGGGUUAACGAUUUGGGGGGUGUGGUCAUCGAUUUGCAAGGUGGGAACUAUAAGAUCAGCAAACCCCUUAGAUUUCCGGCGGCCGGCGGAGGCAAUGUGGUGGUGAAAGCAGGGACUCUCCGAGCAUCGGACACAUUUCCCGGCGACAGACACCUCGUCGAGCUAUGGUCUCCCAACUCCCAGAAACUAUUUCACCCGAAAACGAACUCAUCAUCAUCGUCAUCGUCCCAUUUAUCGCAGCUCACACAGCAAAAAUCCCAAAUCUACUACGAAGACGUCACCUUUCAGGACAUCCUCUUCGAUUCCGGCAACCGCGGCGGCGGCCUCUUUGCCGUCGACUCCGCCAGAAUCCGCAUCGACUCCUGCUUCUUCCUCCACUUCACCACCCAAGGCAUCCUCGUCCAAAAAGGCCACGAAACCCUCAUCAUCGCCACCUUCCUUGGCCAACACUCUACCGUCGGCGGCGACCCCGCCGAGAAAGACUUCUCCGGCACCGCCAUCGACAUUUCCAGCAACGACAAUGCCGUCACCGAUGUCGUCAUCUUCUCCGCCGCCACCGGCAUCAUCCUCCGCGGCCAGGCUAACAUCCUCACCGGAGUUCACUGCUACAACAAAGCCACGGCGUUUGGCGGCGUCGGGAUCUCGAUCCAAUUACCCGGAUUGUCCCAAACCCGAAUCGACAACUGCUACCUGGAUUACACGGCGAUCGUGAUGGAAGAUCCGGUUCAGGUCCACGUGACAAACGGAUUUUUCUUGGGAGACGCUAACAUCGUGCUCAGAUCCGUGAAGGGUCAGAUCUCCGGGUUGAACAUUGUGGAUAACAUGUUCACUGGCUACGCGGAGGACAUGUAUCCGAUUGUGCAAUUGGAGGGGAAAUUCACGAGGAUAGAUCAGGUGGUGAUCGACCGGAACAACGUCCGCGGGAUGAGCCUGAAAUCGACGGCGGGGAGAAUGACGGUGGCCGGAAGCGGGACGAAGUGGGUGGCGGAUUUUUCCAAGGUCUUGGUUUUUCCGAAUCUGAUAAGUCAUUUUCAGUAUUCGUUUUAUGCGAAGGGUGGGGUGGCUGGCGGGUUUCCGGCUCAUGUAGUGACGGACUUGUCGAAUAAUACGGUGGUGGUGGAGAGCGAGAGGGCGGUGGACGGUCUGGUUUCGGUGGCGGUAGAUCAACAUAACAUGAUCUGAGAGAGAUGAUUGACCGCCGGGAAUUGGAUUCAUCUAGUAGGAACUAGGGGCAAGCAAGAGAUUUCAAAACUAUGAAAUUCUUGGUUUGGUCUCAUCAGCUUUUGGUUGUGUGAAACAUGAAUUUUGACGUUAAAAUUGUGUAAGUUUAAAUGGUACUUAAUAUAAAUUUUUUUUUAUAUAA